CAAGAACAAUUUCUUAAAAGGUACUAUUAGUACUUAGUACAAGGUUUAAUUAAUAUAUGCACAUUUUUAAUAAAUUUUUAACUUCAUUUAUAGCACAAUGCCACAAAUUAAUAUUGUCAUGUCAAGAAAAUAAUUUCUUUGACCUGCUAACACAUCGCUGCGUAGAACUUGUUUCUAGAAGUUGUACGAAUUGAGAUGUUCAACCGCCAUGUAGUUUUGCAAAGCCAUAUAUAUUUAUAUGUAGUCUAUUUAGUUCUAUUAAACUACAUUUAUGUAUCCAUGAAUAAGCUCCCGGCCACUCAAAUGGUACAAGUAUAUAAUAAACAGGUUAUCAUAAUUGGGACGAGGCAAUGUUAUCGCUUUCAGGACAAAAUCAUAAAUGUCCCUUGUUUGAUGCGCUCAUGCACUCGUGACAUUUAUGAUAUCGUCCCUCAAGCGAUAAAACUGAUAUCUCCUCGCCCCUCAUAUGAUAACCUGUAUACAUUUAAUAACAUUUUGUAUGGCUUAAUUUCUUUUUUCUCAGCUCAUUUAUUAAAACUAACAUACACACUGGUGACAAAAUGGAGGAUGGUGCUUUGCAAUUUGAUAAAUGUUCAAAGGAGUUUGUAGCAUUAUUUAACCAGCUGAGUAAAAUGGGCAGUGACUGGAGUGUGAUAUCUAUAAAAGAUCCAAGAAUAUCAAGACCAUCUGAUGGCUCCAGGUCAUUUAUAAAUGCAGUUGAACCUGAGAAGUUAUUUCAAUAUGUAUUUUUUGAAAACACAAAGCUGCAGUGUGUGAAGGCAGUCGUACAGUUUGGACUUUAUACAAGAGGUCCAGUUGGGUAAGUAAGUUAUUAAUAACCUUUUAAGUCACAAUACGCCCUAAUGUGCCCUAUGUUAUUACUGUACUCUGUCUAAUAUACUAGAUGAUUUUACUUUCCAACUGUCAUAUUCGGCAGAUAAUUUUACUGGCCAAUUCCAAGCUAGGUAAAAGUUUGGGCAUCAAACAGCUAGGUUAAUGCAUUAAGCUUCAAUACACCGAAAUUUAGCAUUUUACUCUGUCUAAUACCAAGGAGAGAGUCUAUCUGGCACAUUAAUGUAUGGGUUGACCAAACUAUACAGUCGAACCUCGAUUGAACAGCCCUCCAUUAAGCGACCACUCUCUAUUAAACAGCCACAUAUCAAAGUCCCGAAAUUUUUGUAAUACAAAUACUAUAAACUAUCCCUCUUUUAAAUGGCCACCUCUAUAAUUAAGCGGCUGUGGACACCCAAUUAAAGAGCGGUCCCAAAUGAUGAGAACCAUUAUUAACCAUAUUGGUGUCCUAGUAAUAAAUUUAUGCCACAAUAGUCCCUAAAUGUUUGUUCAAAGGUUUAGUGUGAAAUGUAUAUGAUCGUGUGAUGGCCUCGUGUUGUUGACACAAAUAUGUAUGCCUGUGAAAAAAAUGUUAUAGCUAGUAGAUGAAACUGAGAAUUAAAGAUAAAAUCACUAUUGUAUUGUGUGAUUUAUAAUUAAAAAUUAAUAGACAUUUGACUACGCCCAGGGUCUAUUAUUUGCAUACUUCUAUUUAGCGGACACCUCUAUUAAGCAGCCACAAAGCUGAUCCCUGAGGGUGGCCGCUUAAUAGAGGUUCGACUGUAUCUGUCAGUGUGUCUUGAGCCUAUAGUAUGUCUCUUGUUGUUGUCCACUCCUGACCUUGUUUUAUGGAUCUGGAUUCCAGUAUCUGAUAUCCAGCAAAAUAUAAACAUAUCCAGUGGUAUCUGGUAAACUUUUUCAUUAUCUACCAGAUAGUAGUGGAACUUUAAUUAUAACUACAAUCAAUCUGUUUUGUGUUAAGAUAUUGUGAAACACAAACAACUAGUCUGCUGGACAUAUGUGACACAUUAACCCUUUUUAAAGUGGCAAUGCACCCUACUUUAGUAUUUUACUCUGUCUAACUGCUCCCUGCUGUAUCUGAUGUUCCUUGUGCCACAUACUAAACAGACAAUGGAAUUUUAAUGACAGAAAGUUAGUGAUGUAUUGUCCAAGUACUGUACCACCAUCGGUAUCUGGUUAUUAUCCAAUAGACUACAAUCCAGUAAGGCAAUAUAUUCAACACAUCCCUACCUUGAUUUAAUAUUUUUUUACCUGCAGGCAUGUUCAUGGUGGCGCUAUUGCCACUAUUCUUGAUAUUGCUAUGGCACAAUGUGCUGGAAAUGGAUCUGUGACUGUAAAUUUAAAUAUCGAGUAUAAAAGGUAAUACAUAUAUAUGUAUACAAUUAAAGGUGACCUAGCUUAAGUGGCAAUCUGCCCAGAUGAACCCUAUAUAUGUUCUUUAUUAUUUUAAUCUGUCUAAUGUCAGACAUUUUUACUUAUCAAGGGGAUAGUGCUGCCUUAAUAGGUUAAUAUCACACCUGCCAAUGAAAGACUGUUAUUGUCUGUUUAAAUUGGCAACAAUGCACCCUACUUUAUUUUUUACUCUGUCUAAUGCCAGACAAUUUUAUUCAUCAAAUACUUGUCAUGGGGAGAGACUGGCUGACAAUGCAUUUGCCAUACAACAUUUGUUACAUCAUUCUAUAGUCUAGUACAUUUACACACUAUUGCACUUAAGAUGGAUGCUCUUAUAAUUGCAUUUCUGAGAUCAUACCUACAGUACAGGUAAAUUUUUUCUAUUGGUUAGAAUUUUCCUCUGAAUUUCUCCUUUUAUCUAAAUCAUUACAAUCUUUCUUUCUUUCUUUCUUGGGGAAAUAUUUUCUGGGAACUCAAAAAAAUUUUCUGGGACCAAUGGUCCUGUGGUCCAAUAUUUUUUCUACCCCUGACAGUAUCUUUUAGUAAUGAAAUUAUAAUAUAAUUUUUAGGGCUGUGCCUCUCAAUACAACAACUUUGGUCGAGGCUAAGAUUGACAAAAUCGAAGGUCGGAAGAUGUUUUUAUCGGCAGCAGUAAAAUCUGUGGAUAGCUGUCAAAUUUACUCCACAGCCACAUCUAUAUUUGUAAUUCCUAAAUCAAAGGCUUCUUUAUAGGAGAGCAUUUAUUUUAGUUGAUAUAGGCAUUCACACCCACCUCAUAUCUACGGUCCUUUCCAUACCCAUAAACAGCGGAAUGGGGGGGGAACUUUCAAAUGUAGGGGGGGGGGACGGGGGGGGACGAAGUCCCCCAAAAAAGAUUAGAGUAAAAGAAUUUGAAAAAUUGGCAAAUUUAGAGAUAUACUUGCCACAAGUCGACCUUGAACGAAACGCACAAUGAGGAAAUCGGUUUAAAGGAGGUAUUAAAAAUAUCAAGAAGGUAUAUAUAUUUAUAUAUAUAAUGGUAAAGAAAAAGUUUUAUACAUUGCCAUUGGACAAUUUCAUGAACGUCUGGAAAAUGUAUGGAAAUUGCUCCCCAAAAAAAAAAACCCAAACUAGUCCUUUUUCUAUUUUGCAGUUCAUCAGUUCAUGCAGAAAUUAUACAAUGGGCUAAUUAUGCAUUCCGUUUUCUCUGCCCUGAAAAGCGAGACAAACUUUUGCUAAUUCCUCAUCCAUAUUUAACCAAAAUUUUAACAUAAAACGUGACUUAACAUACUUUUUAAAUUUGUUUGCCGCUUGAGAAACGUAUAAAAAAUUUAAAAAAAAUUGAAUUUAGUCAUAACCAAGUAUUCAGUUUUCUCUGCCUUGCAAGGCGAGACAAACUUUCGCAAAUUUUUCAUCCAACUUUCAUCCAUAUUUAACCAAAAUUUUAACAUGAAACACUAAACAUACUUUUUAAGUUUUGGUAGCUUACGCUCUGGUUAGAAUAUUGCGAAUGAGGCGUGAAGCAUAUAGCCUGUAACUAAAUGUCUUUCACUAAGAAUGGGGCCAUUGUAUUGUUGCGACGGUAUAUGUAAGAAGAGUUGAUUGAUUAAACCCAAGUGCAUGAGGUGUUCACGUGCUGUUGCCAAGGUUCAAUCUCUUUUGGCAGCAUGAUUAGAAAGUAAUGCCUUGUUUUCCAAGUGCAGUAGUUUUUAUGACAGAUUGGCAUUUCCAUAAGGCAAAUAGAGUCUUCUUUGACAUAUUACUUCAUUAACCACAAUUUAUUGCGUUGCAUAAAUUGCAUAUUUACCGCUUGAGAAAAGUGUCAAAAAUUUAAAAAAAUUGAAUUUGACUAACCAAGUGGAAAAGCAUAUUCAUUAAUUUUGAACGCUUGUUACGUAACAUACAAAAGAUUCUCCUCGUAAAAUCUACGAGUAUUUGCUAGAUACUCAGAGAGUUAUUUUUACUGCAACACUGCAGGACAGUGCAAUAUAAUACCCCCAGCAGUACAUCUCUCCUGCAAACAUUAUGCAACGAGAUGAUUCCACACUAACCCGCUAAUCAAUCUUCAUAAAUGGCCCUGUCAGACACCCACUGAUCUCCCGCUAAACACAAGAUUAAAAUACGUAAAAUAAACACGUCAAGAUUAGUUGGUGUGGAAAUGUGAACAUCUAUUGUAAAGGAACUGUUACAUUUUGCCUCUCAAACAAUGCAGCUGAUAUGAAGACAAAGACUGGAUUAUUACCGAGUAGAUUUUUGACUUCGUGUUAUAAGUGUAACAAUUAAGCUUUAGUGAA